AUGGCGGAUGCGAAGGAGAGCGACCUGGAGAUCGAGUUCGCGAAGUUCCGCGAGAAAUUUGUUGGCUGGACUGCUGCAGCCGGGUUUGCGUGGGAUGAAGACUUGUAUCAGCGGCAGAAGGCAGCCUUUGUUGCGUGGGCGGAAGCCGGGCAACAAGCGGACGAGGGAAAAAAACGCAAGGAUUUGAGCGAGCGGAUCGGCGCUGUGAAUCAUCAAGCCACCGUGCGUCAGCAGGCGAAAGAUGAAGCUCGCAACCUGGGGGGCCCGCUCUCGGACAGUACUUCUACACUGACUUUUGUGUCGGAAAACCACCGCCUGCGGAUUCUCCCCGGCCGACCUGAGUCAAUUCCCCACGUGGGCACUAUCAACUGGAAAAAUGUCUGGGUCUGGAAGAAUGCAACUUGUGAUGCUGCAUUUGGAUGCCUAAAAAAUUUGUGCUGCAUGAGCAGCAAAAGGAUUCUAGUUUUUUCUACGCGGGGAGGGCAUUUGUCAUGCGGAAUAGGCAUCAAGAAUCCCUCAGAAGGCCGUUGAUGCUAGGGCAUGCAUCACAGACAUCAUGGCUCAUGCAACACGUGCAUGACAAGUCCCAGAAUCUUCCAGACCCAGACAUUUUUACAGUUGAUAGGCACGGAGUUGCACCAACAUGAGGUGCCGGUCCCCAUCGACUACGCGAGGCUGGCUAUCAAAAUUGAAAAUCCCCCCUCCCCAUAUUGAAAACCUAUGUUUCCGCAAAUUUGUGUUGCUGAUUUGAGGUCACAAAUCACAUGCGUCUUGCAAGACGACAAGGGCAGAAGCUUCCGCCCCAUUAGGGAAGCGAUUUGUCAUGCUGGUGGGCUUAAAGGGGAGCCGUUUUCCAUGCUGAACAACUAGACCCAUACGCCCCUACCUGGCCUGGGCAUCUGGCCGCAGUGCCUUCCUGCAAUACAAAGCUGACUUGUGUAACACAAAUCCAGCAUGAGAAGUUUCGUUUUGAUAUGGGGAGGGGGGAUUUUUCCUUGCAAUACUGGCGCACAAAGACGUCUUGCUGCGCGGAGGAAAUGAGUUUUUUUUCACGGAAAGGCAACUAAAAGACGCGGGGGACGUCUAUCUAGAAGACACGCCGGGUCAACAGGGGUGGGCGAAUGGCCGUAAGUUAUUAUCGGUUGACCCGUCGCACUUUCACCCCAAUUUUCCUCUGUUGAUCCCCCAAGUUGGUUUUUCGCUGCCGAAGGCCAUCCAUGCGAAUGUAGCAGAACCACCCGACGAUGUCGAGGGCGAGGAGAUGGACCGUGCGUUCACCGCUUUCGACCCCGCUUCCCUGAGCGAGAACGGAGAACAAAAGGAAAAAACCCAUAAAUUUUUGCGUGCCCUCUCCGCGAAGCACAAACCACACCUCUUAUGCUGUCCAUGCAAUACAGAUUUUCUGUAGAGUCCAAAGGUAGCAUCACAAGUUCCAACUUUCCAGACCCAGACAUUUUUGCAUUUGAUAAACGUGUCCCGCUGGAAGUGCGAUUUCACGUCGCUGCAGUCCACGAUAUUACAGUGAAAAAUACCUCCACCCCCAAAAUUGCAAAAAUUUGUGAUGCGCAGUUUCCAAAUGAAAACUUUUUGUCAUGCCUGAAAGGAGUAUGAAUCUUUCUGAUGCAGAGUCUAGGGGUGUAUCGCAGCGCUUGCAUGACAAGCGCCGCCCUUGCUGGGGUCUUUUGCAAUACAGAUUUUUGCUAUUCACGAUUGGAAACCUGUGAUGGUGAUAGAUGCAAGAGGGCGAAUGUUUCAUUUGGAAAGGUUUGCAAUACAAAUACUCCCAAGUUCCGGGGUGGGGGCAUUUUUCAUUGUAAUACACGAAACCGUAGCCCUUGUCCGUGUUGUAGCUCUUCACGACGCCCG